GCAGUAUUAGUCGAGAAGAAGCACGGAACGGUUAAUCUCCAAUUGCAUUGAAACGGUUCUAUCAAAUUCUUUGUUGGUGAAAUAAUAAUACAAUUCCGCAUUAUCAGAUACAAAUCGGAUCUGUGCAAGACAUCUAAAACCUGGAGAACAAAAUCGUUUUUCUACGUUUCGAAUUCUAUUUAGUGAUUGUUUGAUUUUUCAUGUGGUGAAAAUAUUUUUACAAGCUAGUUGGUUUUUUCAUUCCUUCGAGGUUUGGUGUGUCCUUCAAACUAUGGCGAGGAAAAAUAUUGUUGAAUAGCAAAAUAUCAGCGUGAAAAUUUUGAUGUCAGAGAAAGUUUGAAAUGCGUUGUGGCGGUGCUUGAGAGUGUUAUAAUAUUCCAGUAAUAGUUCUCAAUUUCGGCGAUAUAGGCCUAUGGUGAAAGGUGAAUAGAAUAAGGCGAAUAAUUUAUUGUGUUGAAUGCGAAGUACAAAAAAACGGAUAAUGUGAUUAGCAAAGAAAAGCUUCAGCUUAAUACGAUUAUAAAACACAAAAUCUCCCCGAUUCAGACGGCCAGCAGUAAGAAGAAGCUCGAACGCUUGGCCGAACGGCAAGGUCUCAAUAAUCGCGUUCGCCUGGAAGUGUAAAUAUCAGCGAGCAGAAUGCGUGUAAUAGUUUGAAAUAAGCUGAUGUGGUAUGUGAAAAAUUACCGCUUGCAAAAAGUGUGUGAAUGAAAAAUAGUGCAUGUUGCGUUCAGAAUAAAACGCGGUAAUGAAACCUUAAUAUGUCAUGUUAUGAUAUAUAGAAUCGUGUGGAUAUAAAUUGCUAGUGGAAUAUUUCAAUACCACAAGGAUAUAUUGCACCGGAGAAUGUUUCAAGUCACAAGCAUUCCGAAUAGAAUGAGAGGCAAUUGAAGGUGUUGCACAUCGGAAGGAUUCACGGAUUUAUGAUCAAUUGAUUGAAAAGUCUCUUCAAAAUGCCUGGAGGAAGACGGGGGCUUGUUGCCCCUCAAAACACAUUUCUCGAGAAUAUUAUACGUCGAUCGAAUUCACAGCCGGACAGUUCCUUCUUGCUAGCAAAUGCUCAAAUCGUUGAUUUUCCAAUUGUUUACUGCAAUGAGGCCUUUUGUAAAAUUAGUGGAUAUAAUCGCGCUGAGGUUAUGCAGAAAUCGUGCAGCAGAUGUGGCUUCAUGUACGGUGAGCUGACAGAGAAGGAAACUGUAGCGAGGGUGGAGUAUGCGCUGGAGCAUCAGCAGCAUGAUCAGUUCGAAAUUCUGCUCUAUAAAAAAAAUAAAACGCCACUAUGGCUCUUGCUGCAAGUGGCGCCCAUCAGAAACGAGCGGGAUUUGGUCGUGCUAUUUUUGCUCACAUUUCGCGAUAUCACAGCGCUCAAACAACCCAUUGACAGUGAGGAUACGAAGGGAGGAUUAUCUAAAUUCGCAAAACUGGCGCGUUCCGUAACCAGAAGUCGUCAAUUCAGCGCGCAUUUACCUACGCUGAAGGAUCCUACUAAGCAAUCAAAUCUAGCUCAUAUGAUGUCAUUAAGUGCCGAUGUUAUGCCACAAUAUCGCCAAGAAGCGCCAAAAACACCGCCGCAUAUAUUAUUGCAUUAUUGUGCAUUUAAAGCAAUCUGGGAUUGGGUGAUAUUGUGUUUAACAUUUUAUACUGCGAUUAUGGUCCCAUACAAUGUAGCCUUCAAAAAUAAAACAUCGGAGGAUGUUUCACUAUUGGUAGUUGAUUCGAUAGUAGAUGUAAUAUUUUUCAUAGACAUUGUUUUGAAUUUCCAUACAACAUUCGUUGGCCCUGGAGGCGAAGUAGUUAGCGAUCCAAAAGUUAUUCGCAUGAAUUAUUUGAAGUCGUGGUUCAUCAUUGAUUUGCUUAGCUGUCUGCCUUACGAUGUCUUCAAUGCUUUCGAUCACGAUGAGGACGGAAUCGGAUCGCUAUUCAGCGCACUAAAGGUUGUCCGUUUGUUGCGCCUUGGACGCGUUGUUAGAAAAUUGGAUCGAUAUUUGGAGUAUGGAGCUGCAAUGUUGAUUCUGUUAUUAUGUUUUUACAUGUUGGUGGCCCACUGGUUGGCAUGCAUCUGGUACUCGAUCGGCCGUAGUGAUGCUGAUAAUGCGGUCCAGUAUAGUUGGUUGUGGAAACUGGCAAAUGUUACUCAAAGUCCAUAUUCUUAUGUGUGGUCGAAUGUGACCAAUUCGCCGGAAUUAAUAAAUGGUCCAUCCAGAAAAACAAUGUAUGUUACGGCACUAUACUUCACAAUGACAUGUAUGACAUCGGUUGGAUUCGGAAACGUGGCGGCUGAGACUGACAACGAGAAGGUAUUCACUAUCUGCAUGAUGAUAAUUGCAGCACUCCUGUAUGCCACAAUUUUCGGUCAUGUAACCACAAUUAUCCAGCAGAUGACAUCCGCCACCGCAAAGUACCACGACAUGCUGAACAAUGUUCGGGAAUUUAUGAAACUGCAUGAAGUUCCGAAAGCAUUGAGCGAACGGGUUAUGGAUUAUGUUGUGUCUACUUGGGCCAUGACCAAAGGGCUGGAUACGGACAAGGUGUUAAACUAUUGCCCUAAGGAUAUGAAAGCGGAUAUUUGCGUCCAUCUAAAUAGAAAAGUGUUCAACGAACAUCCGGCGUUCAGAUUAGCUUCGGAUGGUUGUUUACGAGCGCUGGCCAUGCAUUUCUGCAUGUCACAUUCCGCACCAGGCGAUUUGCUAUACCACACUGGGGAAAGCAUCGACAGUCUGAGCUUUAUUGUCACCGGCAGCCUUGAGGUGAUUCAGGAUGACGAAGUGGUGGCGAUCCUGGGGAAAGGAGAUGUUUUCGGAGACUCUUUCUGGAAGGAUUCGGCAGUUGGACAAAGUGCAGCCAACGUUCGAGCGUUAACUUACUGUGAUCUACAUGCGAUAAAACGAGAUAAACUACUCGAAGUAUUAGAUUUUUAUCAAGCUUUUGCUAAUAGUUUUGCGAGGAAUUUAGUUUUAACGUAUAAUUUAAGGCAUCGUUUGAUAUUCAGGAAAGUAGCGGAUGUGCGAAGAGAGAAGGAAUUAGCUGAGCGACGGAAAAACGAACCCCAGCUAGGCUCCAGUCAGGAUCAUCUGGUAAGAAAAAUAUUUUCAAAGUUCAGAAGAGCUCAGCAAAGUGCACAAGGACCUAAGGAACCGACUGGCGGUUCCACCCAGAGCGACGUCGAGAAAGGAGACACUGAUACCGAUAAAGGAAAGCUGCCAGCUAAGCUCACAUUAACAGAAGAUUCUCGUAUCCUAACAACCGUCCCAUCACCGUCUCCAUCUCCGUCACCAUCGUCAGGGCCUCCAUCAGCGAAGGGUCCCCGAGCCAGCAAAUGGGGUCGACUGCUGGGCAGUUCCAGCGUGGAUUCAGCCAGCGACACCAGCACAAAGGUAGCUGUAUCUAGAAGCUUAAGUGCACGUGAGAGUUUGCGUGAAAGUGCACAAGGUAGAGCAAGUAGUAGCUCAAGUAGUAAUGGCGGUCAAGGCAAUAAGAUUUUCCCUAAAGCCCCGAAGUUGUCGCAAGGUCCUGCCACAUUGGCGCGACAGGACACGAUUGAUGAAGGAGGUGAGGCAGAUCAUACACCGAAUAAAGAACGACCCAACGUUGUGCACAUAGAGCGGGAAGCGGUAAAACAUCCCACUUUGGAACGGCAGCCUACGGAGCGAGAUCGCUUACUAGAUAAUACCAGUGGAAAUAGAGAGCGCGAACGAGAACGUGAACGCGAGCGUGAGAGGGAACGAGAAAGAGAAAGACAUAUGGAGCGAAAUUUGUCACUCGAACGUGAGAGACAAAUUGAGAUGGCACAAUCAAGAGCUACCACGUCGGAUACAUACGAUACGGGUCUACGAGAGCAGCCUUCAACGCUAGCACAGCGUGACUUAAUUGCAACUGUAUUGGACAUGAAGGUAGAUGUCCGCCUAGAGAUGCAACGUAUGGCACAAAAGAUGAGCAAAAUAGAAGAUCUGUUGAACGAUCUAAACAAUCGAAUACAGGUGGAUUCUUCUGGGCAGAGUUCUCCAGGGGAUAUGACCGGUACCAGUGUGGUGCCAACGUCAUCUGUAGGCACAAACAACAGCUCCAACACCACCAAUCCAACAACGAGUAAUCUAAAUCCGUUCGUGACAGCUACAACGGCGGCUAGCACGACCGGUGGUGCCGGUGGCAAUGGCCUUGGACCCAUUCUAUUACGGAAGCGACGUUCCAAGAGUCGCAAAGCACCAGCACCUCCGAAGCAGAGUCCUGAACAAACCAGACUACUCGAGGCAGAGCAACCAACAUCAUCCUCCACAAGGAAGCGCGAAUUCCUCUAGCCUAGAAUUCUUCUGCGUCAUCAAUCGGACAACUCAAGUGAACAAUAGUUUAAGUUUUCGCAUUCAACGUGAUCUGAACGAUGAUGUUUCAUUUCUGCACAAUUACCAAUUACCAUGCCUGAGAAAAAUCUUUUUAAAAUUUUAUGGGACUCUAAGUGACACGGGAAGGAUCGUAGAAGCGAUAGGUUACACAUCGGAGAAUAGCUUCGCAUCGGGUGGGCUACGGUAAGAUGUCUAUUUCAAAUUGCUAUUGCUCGGGAGACGCGAGAUCGGCCAAUAAUUCUAUUUUUUUUUCUAAAUUCCCGUCCUUUUUUGAAAAAUCACGCAUGUUCGCUGCUUUUCGACGAAUUUAACAAGUAACAGUUUAAACAAUUUCAAUGUAGGAUUAUGUCUUUCGGGAAAGAACAUUUUAGGGGGAUCAAACCGUAAAACCUCAAAUCAACCGUUUCUUGAAAAUUGUCCAAUUUCGAGCGCUAGUUGUUCAAUAAUGCGGACUUGACGACAGCAUAAACUCUCUGCAACUAUUUGGAACUGAGUUCAACGUCUUUCGCUGCGAUCGGAGUCCUUCCAAUAGUUCCAAGUCCAGAUUUGGUGGAGUCGUCAUCGCAGUAGCUCGUCGUUUCACUGCUGUAGCGGUUCAAAAGAGAGACGGAGGUUCUUUGGAACAGAUUUGUGUCUCUACUACCAUACGUGCAAAAAGGAUGUUACUUUGCACAGUAUAUAUUCCUCCCGACCGCAGUCGUGACAUGGGGGUUUAUGAUUCCCAUUUGUCUUCAGUGCGAGAGUUGUGUGACCGUGCGUUCUCUGAUGACACAGUUUUAAUAUGUGGCGAUUACAAUCAGCCUCAUAUUGCGUGGGAACCGCAUGCAGAUUCAGUUAUUGACCUGAAUUCCUCUUCGACCUCGACGGCGAGUGUUGCUCUAUUGGAUGGAGUCACCUUUCUCGGUCUUCAGUGUAACUUCAUUCGGAAUUUUCGUGGCCGCACAUUGGACCUAGUUUUCUGCGCUCCCGACGUUAAUAUAGCCAUCAGCGAAUGCGUAGCCACUGUUAGCGGUGGAUCUCCACCAUCCUCCGUUAGUACUAUCGUUAUCGACUACAGGUAGAGCAAUGUCGGCUGCUGAGGAUCGAAACGAAGCUGAACAAUCGCUUUUUAUUGAUUUCGCUGCAUUCAAUGAGUUUCUGGGUAGCUACAAUUGGAGUGUCCUUGGUCAGGACGUGAAUGACAUGGCGGCGCGGUUUUGCGAAAUUGUCUGCAAAUGGCUCGUAACUAAUACUCCUCGAAAGAAACCUCCGAUGUAUCCAGCUUGGAGCACUCCACUCCUUCGUGUCCUACGUCGUGCCAAAAAUUCAUGCCAACGCAAAUUGCGUCGUCGACGAACUCUUGAAGCAAAACACAACUUCCGAUUCGCUAGCAAUGCAUAACGCAGCCUUAACGCAACUCUCUACAAAUCGUACGUGCUUCGUGUCCAGACAAACUUGCGUAGAAAUCCAAGAAGUUUCUGGAAUUUUGUCAAUCCAAAGCGGAAAAUUGCAUAUAUUCCGUCUAAGGUAUUCUUGGGAGAUCGGGAGUCGUCCUCUGUUCCUGAAACAUGUAAUUUGUUUUCAAAACACAUUGCUUCAGUGUUUGUAGUUGAUGCAGCCACCCCGUCGGAAGCCGAGAGUGCUGCAGCUAACGCUCCGGAGAAUUUAAUAGACUUGCGGCCAUUCGUUAUUACCCCACAGAUGGUUGUGAAGGGCGUAAAAAAGUUGAAACGUUCAACAGUACCUGGUCCUGAUGGCGUUCCAGCGAUAGUUUUUUGCCGCUGUGCUACAUCCUUGGCUCUUCCACUCUCCCGUAUAUACACAGCUUCGUUGGAUCAAGGGAUAUUUCCUGACGUGUGGAAGCACUCCUUUAUGUUUCCCAUCUUUAAGAAUGGAGACAAGUGUAACGUGACUAAUUAUCGUGGUAUAACCAGCUUAUCUGCUGGAUCUAAGUUAUUUGUCGAUUACUGAAUCGGUCCUCCACUUCCGCUCGGACAUGAUGUGUACGAUUGCACUGUUCACAGCGUUUUAGGUACCCUCGUCACGACACAUUUCACACGAUUCCUAGCAUGAAGGGUAGACAUACGAAUACGACGUGUUCCGGAGUUUCCUCCACAUCUCCACACUCCGGACAAAGAGGCGAUCUUGUGCAGAUACUGCCUGAAGCAGCCAUAACCAGACAAAAACUGCGUUAAGUGGAAAUUCACUUCUCCAUGUUUCCGGUUCGCCCAGCCCAUUAGUGUCGGUAUGAGCCUGUGCGUCCAUCUGCCGUUUUGAGCCGCACUCCACUCUUGAUGCCACCUAGUCAUCGACUCCGCCCUCACUAGCUUCCGGAUUCCUCUGAUUCCCUCCCUCAUAUAGCACUCGCUGUCCUCCGCCAAGAUGAUGUCGAUGGGGAACAACCUGGCUAUGACGCAGACCGCUUCUGUUAAUAUGGUUCUGUACGCACUCGCGACUCGCUUUGCCAUGAGCCGGUACGUACUACUCAGAACCCUCGUGUUCCGCUGAGUUUCUAAUACCGCGAUCCAGGCUGGACCCCCGUAUCGUGAUGUCGAUGAGGAGACUCUAACCACCACACGGUUCUCGAAGUAGCUUCUCAGCAGAGAUAGUCUGAGACUUUUAUCGUGUGGGGCGCAGUCACGAUGGCACUAUUGAACGCAUUCUUAACGUUGAUCGUUAUCACUGCGCAAUAUCGAUUUCCUCUGCGCUUCUGUUUGGAUGCUUUGUUGGCUCUUUCGACCACUAUGCAAAUUGCAUCUACCGUAGGUCUCCCUUCCCGAAAUCCGAACUGAUUAUCGGACAGUCCACGAGCUCUGAAAAAUUUCUCUAUUGAAAGAAAAAUUUUAACGCUUUCGCGUGAGUUCUGUUACAAUACUAAAAAAUUUAUUCAAAAGUUUCACAAUAUAUACAUGGUUCCUUAAACUAAGAUUGACGAGGAACAUCUCCUCUCUCUCUCUUGAAAACCGAUAACAUAUCGGUUUCGUUUAGAUCAUCUACCUUCCUUGUCCCUUCUUCUAGCGUAUGGUAACGUGCAGUCUGAGACGGCUGCACUACCCUAAGAAAAUACCUUAAGUUUAUAGCACCUCGUCGGUGCGCCUAUCUUAUUCUUGGAUUUCCCCUUUCCAUCCUUCGCUCUAAAUAACAUCCUUUUAUUUUAUUACACCCUGCUGGUGUAUCUGGCUGAGCGCAGCUAGGGAUGGAAAAGGGUAAUAAAAAUGCAUCCUAAAUGAUGCAUGCAUUAAAUUGUUUACCGGACGCUAUUUAAAUAUUCGUCCAUUCUGAAUUUAUGACCGGCAAUAAUUUCGAACUACAAGCGUUUUCUAGCCUAACAAAACACUUGAGCUCUUACAUCUUUUAAUUGCCUUACAUUGGUCCUUUCUAAACGUUUCUAUACCUCGCUUGGAGGUCUUUUCUAAAUAUAAUCUCAAAUAUUGCUUAUCUUAUGGAUCUGUAACUCGAUCCGCGAUAAGCCUCAGCUGUCCGUAACAUUCCGGACUCCGUAAAUCUACUACAUAGAUUUACUCAAUUAUAGACAACUAUCACGGUUUAAAAUAAUAGGAAUAUUUCUUGAUUCUUCCUGAACUCUAUUUAGCCGUAUCAUGUCUAAUAACGAAGGCGGAUCAUCAUUUCUUCUAUUAUUUUGUCUAUUACUUCUUCUCUUUAAUUUUAUGUAUACGUAAAUUCCUACUAUUAUAAUCAUUGAAAUAACAGUUAUGGUACCUCCAAAUGUAUAUACGUGUUUCUUUUUUAUAAAAUCGUCUUCAGGUAUUACUGUAUCCUUUAUAUCUACCUUUUCAUAUGGAUUUCUACUCGAGAUAGUUGUAUUCAAAUUUUCAUUUAUGUUUGGUUUUUCUAGUACAUAUGGUAGUUUCUGAAUAGGUUUAAAAAAUAUUCUAGCUUCCCCGUUAUGUCCAGAUAUUUGGGCAUAACGAAUAGUUUUUUCUGUUAGGAUCUUACAAUCUGGGAACAGUUCUAUGAUCGCGUUCUUAUAAGGCGGUGACAUGGCUACAUUAUUACAAUGGAUUAUUAUCUUGCUAGGGUCGCUCGUUGUGUACAAUAUAGAGUUGAUCUUAUUCAAUU